AGGGGAUUGUCGGUCCCAUCCAAAAAGCCGGCGUGGCCUCUCUCCCGCUCUCUCUGCCAGUGUCAAGCUCAAUGUCUGCUGCUGUAGCGUCACGUCGCGUGUAAACAGUCCGCGUACCAAUUCACGCACGCUGGAUACCGUUAGCGAAGACUAACAAAUUAAUCAAGGGCGAUCGUCAAGAGGAAUCGCGAUGUCGCAGGGAAGAGCAGGUAGGAGGAAUCGCAAGCACCAUGAUAAGGCAGACAAGGACAAAGUCAAUCUUGGCGACAAAGGCAAGGAAGUGGUGGAGGACAUAAACGAGAACAGUCGCGUGGUACAGCAGUUUCGCGCUUACGCGGCCGAGCUGGACGACAAGCACGAUCGUUACGAGAGAAUCUUCAAGCUGAAUCGGGAUGUGGGCAUCGAGAGCAAGAGAAUCAUCUUUCUGUUGCACACCAUCGACAAGGAGAGUAAACGUAACGCCGUGCUGGACACGGCCAAGGCGCGGCUGGAAAACCUAGCGCAGAAGCUGUUCCGAAAUAUCGCGACCGAGUUGGACGGUCAGGACGCCUAUCAGUUCCACAGGGCCUAUCGCGCCGGUCUGGAGGAGUACGUGGAGGCGCUCACAUUCCACGAGUAUCUGCAGAACGGCGGUAUGCAGAAUUGGACCUCCUUGGAAAGAGCGCUGAUGUAUCGCACAACCCCGUCUCCGACCGACUCGCCGGAGCAGAGCACUGCCAGGGAGAUGCGAGUCAUGGUCACGCCGACGGACUAUAUCCUGGGAAUAGCCGACCUCACCGGAGAGCUGAUGCGAAAGUGCAUCAACAACUUGGCGAUAGGCGACGUGAGCAGUUGCUACCAAACGUGUGACUUUGUCCGAAAGAUAUACAUAGCCUUCCUGGGCUACACCAGCGUGGUGCACAGCAACGAGGUGAACAAGAAGAUCGUCACGCUCAAGCACAGCCUGACCAAGAUGGAAAAUGCGUGUUACACUAUCAAAGUGCGGGGAUCCGAAAUACCGAAGCACAUGCUGGCCGACGUGGCCAUCGCGGCGGCUGAGAAAUACGCCACCGAGGACGAUGAGGGCUAUCAGGCAUUUUAAAAAAUAUAUAUAUAAUAUAUGACAGUGCAUUACUUAAUAUAGACUAUAAUUAUUUUUUAGUCUUUAUAGACUUAUCAAUCUGAUGCGAGAUAAAGGCAUUUAAUAUAAUUGACGAUUUAAUUAAAAUUAAUUGAUAAAGAAAUUGUGUGUAGUUUUUAAAUAGUAUAUAAUUAUUUCAAGCUGUUAAUUCUCAAAUGUUAUAUAAGAUUCUAUAACAUACAAAUUUAAACGUUAUUUAAACUCAAGGUGUAUUGUAUUUUCAGUAUAUACGCAUCAGAUUAAUAUAUUCAUAUUUUCCAACAUGUAAAAAAGCAACGUCGAUUGUGAUAUAUUAUUAACGUUUUUAUAUAUAUCUCUCUCUCUCUAAAUAAAACGAAUAGAAUAUACAAGGCACAAUAUUUUAAAUCCGUGUACAAAAAUAAAUAUUCCAUAACAAA